AUCCCGGGACACGGCAGGGAGCGGCCCCGAGGCGGGGUUUGGGGGCGGCCGAAGCCAGCCCCGCACCGCACCGAGCAUCGCACCGCACCGAGCAUCGCUCCGCACCGAGCACCCCGCAUCGCUCCGCACCGAGCAUCCCGCAUCGCUCCGCACCGAGCAUCCCGCAUCGCUCCGCAUCCCGCAUCGCUCCGCAUCCCGCAUCGCUCCGCACCCCGCAUCGCUCCGCACCCCGCAUCGCUCCGCAGCCGCGAUGCCGGCUCUGCCGGCGCUGCUGGCGCUGGUGGCCGCGGCGCUGCUGGCGCUGCUCGGGGCCGGACGAGUGGCCACCCGCGGCUCCUGGGCGCCGCUGAAGCGCUGGGCCCUGGGCUGCCUCCUGCUCUGCCCCGGCUCCAGGCAGCGAGCGGCGGCCGCAAGCACCGCAGAGCCGCGCCGGCCGCGCCCGCUCCGCGCCGACCCCCACGCACUCGAUUCCUUGUACUUCACUGGCUUUGCAGAGACCAACAGGACYUUUGUGAUCACUCGCCUGGCCCGACGUCCCGCUGGCCUCUGUGAGAUGUGGCUGUUCCUGAGGCUCGAUGGGAUAGGGGAGUUUGAACACCCACAACAUCCAAACAUGAUGGUGAGAGAUGAAUCUGAAGAGAUCUGGAGGGGAGGAGGUCUCACUAUGGAAUACUUGGAGCCCCAAAUGUGCUGGAAGAUAAAUUUUGAUGGAUUACUCAGGAAAGGACCCUACAGRCAGCAGUGGAGUGAAGAGGAAGGAGAACUUGUACCAGUUAAAUUCUCUUUGCACUGGGAGAACUUCACAGAAGUUUUUAACUUUAAUGCUGACAGUAACCCCAGCAYAUUUGCACGUGCCUUAGCCCAGGAGCCAUGGACCAUCGAGCUCUUCCAGAGGGUCAAAAAACAAAGGGAACARCAUUUCCGCCACGAGCAGUGGGGCCUUUCUGUGGGAGAAAUUGAAAUAGAAAAUCACGGCAAAAUGGAACUUUCCCUCAAAGGCGUUCGGAGCCACUCCUACGGUAUCCGGAACUGGGCUGAGAUUCACCGUUAUGUCAUGAUUUUGGCACACUUUGAGGAUGGGACUGCAGCACAUUUAACAGUCAUUAACAUGCCRGCCACCACAAGGCACCUCUCUGUGGGUUACGUGUUUUUUCCUGAUGGGAAGAAAGCUGGCAUUGAGUGGUCCAAYGCCUCCCUGGCUGAUCUGGCUGAGGAUGGGCACAUCCAGGAUGAGUAUGGAGUCAGUUUUACUGCUGGUGGCAAGAGCUUUGAUGUUUCUGCAGUUCUGGAUAAGCAGAGCUGCCCCGUGGUGUACAAUGGCCUGAAGGGGAGUGGGGUUUUCCACGAGUGCAUUGCAGAUUUCCAACUCAAUGGCUUAACUCCAGGCUGGGGCCUGGUUGAAUUUUAUUACAGGGACGAGGCCGCCCAGCCGSUUCUGAAUCUGCAGCUUGGCUCUGAGGCAGAAGAACCUGACCCUGCCACCCAUGGCUCCCCUCCAUGAGCAUUUACAGGCUUCUCCCAGCAAUGUUAGCAAGCAGCAGCUUCCAAAAAAAAAACCAAAAAAAAUCUAAUUCCCUGCAAAAUGCUCUGGUUUGAGUGUGGAACUCGUCACAGGAUGCUGGGGAGGUCGAGGGUAUAAAAGGAUUUGGGGAGAAAUAAGAUAUAUUUUUAUUAGKGCAGCUUUCAGUGGUUGCUAAGCAGGGUGGUCUGGAGGCAAUUUGGAGGAAGUCUGAUUGCAGGAGGAGUGCCCUGGGAGGGAUCACUCCAUGCUCUGUCCUUCGGUGGUUUUCCUGAAUUGCCAGCUGCUCCCCACCGUGACGACCAGGACCUCAGGCUAUGUGGAUCUCUGACCCAAUUUAGCAGCUCCUAYCUUCUUCCAGAUUUGUUUUUGAAAUAAAAGCUGUAUCUUUCUGAACUCUGGUUAUUAUAGUCAUUAAGACGUGGGAAAAACUUGUUACAGGAA